ACAGAACCUUGCGACAGGAACCGAAUGAACUGAAAGCCUAUGAAAUAAGAAAACACAGCUAAGACUGUGGAGCAUGGAUCCAGAAAACAAUCUGAAGCAAUUAACAUACUUAUUCAAAAGGAGUUUGAAGGAGCAAAAUGUACACACACCAUACAAAAUGAAGUGCCACCUAUGUAAAUUGCAAGUGAAGACUUCGAUCUUGGUGAUGUUUUUUAAUUUAACUUUGCUCCUCACUGAAGGCAGGGUACUACCAGAGACUCAGAAUGAACCCAAAUUAUCUGCUGAUCAGAAGACAAAUGUGAAUAUUGUCUUGGAAAGGAUUGACUGCAAAAACAUCAGAAUUAGCAUAGACGAUGUUGGCCAGAAUUUACAAGGCUUCUCCCAACUUAAUAUAGAGUUUCAAGGCUCAUUCAAUGAUUUCCUUUUGAACGGCUGUUCUUCUGUUUCAGAAACAACUAACACUAGGUCUAUAAUACAAACAAUGAACAUAGAAAUCUUUACUAGAAUGUCCAAUUCAUGAACUAGUAUUAGGCACAAAAACAAAUUAUAAACUCUCAUUCAAAAAUAGUUUUGACAAAUAAUUUAAAUUAAUAAGUACUUAGGAUUUUUUCAAUAUACUACAAGCCUCAUAGUGUCCUAAGUACUGUGACCCUUAUUUUUCAAUUCUAUGUACUAUUCACAUAACCACAUAAGCACAAGAUGAAUGGGAGUGUAAAUAAAUUUAAUACACUAGGAAAGUUAGCUUUCCAUUUUUGAGGCAGAAAAGUGUUCUGAGAAAGAAGUGAAUGUAAUAGGUAUUAACAUCACUUCAAAAUUAAUAUCCUAAACUUUCCUUCCUUAAAUUAGUGUUUCUCAAUAUUCCUAAUGCUGCUAUUCUUGACUAGAUUAUCUCAUGUUGUGGCAAUCCAUAUCCAUAAAUUUAUAUUCACUACUACAUCAUUACUCUCAAUCUGUUAAUGUUAUAAAUUGUUAUAUAAAUAUCUGAUACUUAUGAUAUCUGGUAUUUGACCCCAAAGGGUUUACUACCAACAAGAUGAGAACCUCUGCCUUAUACUCAGAAAUCAUAAUUGGCAAGAUUUCUGAAAAUAUAAUCAUGGG